UGUAUAUAUUUAUUCACUGACUCUUUAAAUGUUAGAGCCCUUUAGACACAGGGAUACAUAUACAGGGAGGCUGUGUGUUUAAAACAGGCCUCAGUCAGUGAGGUGUUUAUACUGAGCUCUAUUUAUAAUAGAUAAUAAUAGCUAUAUUCCACUUUAGGCCGGUCACGUGGUGCUGAGGGGGGCAGCAGGUCUGGUUCAGGGUUCUGGUUCUUCUACUCCAGGAGUUACGGUAAGGCAUCCCACAAUCCCCUGCUGCUACACGGGCUUUCAUAAUAAAGUAAUUAAAAAUUCAGAAGAAGAAAAGAAAGAGAAUAAAGGGGUGGAUAGAGGGGGAGUCCUGAAUGUUCUGGAGAGCGCAGGGGGUGGAGGAGCUCCGGAGAACCCGCCGCUGCUGUUGCCGCUGGUCUGUAGUGUCUGUAGGGUCUGUAGGAGCUCCGGGCGCUGAGGGCUGAGAGCGGAUCCAGGAUGGACGCUUUGGGGAGCGAGUCUCAUUUCCAGGCGCAGUUAUCCACUAUAAUGGACAUGCUGGCUAAAUCCGCCGCGGCGGAGAUCGGUAAACUAGUGGAGGAGAGCCACGCGAGGCUGAGGCUGGAGAUAUCCCAGCGGAGGAGCGAGAACGAGAGCCUGAAGAGCAAGUGUAAUUUCCUGGAGAUCGAGCUGAAAGCGACCCGGAGGAGACUGCAGGCGAGUGUGGACGCGCGCUUUAACAGCGGAGCCAAAGCAGAGGGUCCACACCGUCCCACCAUUGAUGGUGUCUUUGGUAAAGAAUGGUGCUUCGAUCUGUGGAAGGAAAAGGAGGCCUGUGCCAGGCAAAAGGACGACAGACCUAAAAACCCCUGUUUAAUAGAGCCAAUUGAUCUUAUCGAAGAUUCACCUGAUGACACGAUUGUGAUCAAGGAUGAGAUGUAUGAGGAUUGCUCAAGGAAUGGCAAGCUGCAGACUGACUCAAACAGCAACGAGAAAGCUGCAGCAUUCUCCAGAGCGAAAGCAGAUGUUGGGCACAGCAGUGAAGAGUUCAUCCCCUACACCGGUCCUCUUGACAACUCCGAACCGAGACCAGGAGACCAGCAGUCUUUUGACCCCAGGUCAUCCGCUGUACUGGACGGUGCGACUUCGUCAAACUUGAAUAUAGACGAGUUUGGUGGAUUCUUUAACAGCAACAUGAAUUUGGGAAUGUCGUCUGGGAAUAAGCCGAACGUGGAGCCGAGGAAAUUCGAAUGCGUGUUCUGCGGGAAGAACUUUAAUUACCUGAGCUAUCUGAAAGUGCACUUACGGACGCACUCUGGAGAGAAGCCGUUCGUGUGUUCGGUGUGCGGCAGACGCUUCGCCCAAAAAACGUACCUCAAAAUACACAUGCGCACACACUCCGGCGAGAGACCCUACAGCUGCACAGAGUGCGGGAAGAGCUUUUCACAGAAAAGCUCCCUGAAUAUUCACCUGCGCAGCCACACCGGAGAGAAGCCCUACAGCUGCGUGGACUGCGGAAAACGCUACGCCUAUAAACACGGCUUUAACACGCACCAGUGCAGUAGCUAGUGCAGUAGCUAGGCCGAGGACAGUGUUACACAUGUAGCUAGUAUUAAUGUCAGAUGCACUCACUGAAGAAGCACUGUGCCAAACCUAGACAUGUGGAAUAAUAGUAAAAGGGAAGUGUUUUGCAUGUAAGUUAACUAAAAGUGGACUGUUUAGCAUAGAAAUGUUCUUGUUAGAAGUGUUAUGAGAUGAAAAUGGAGAAAUAGAGUACCGUAUUUUUCGCACUAAACCUUUGAAUUGUACCAAAAAUCAAUAGUGCACCUUAUAAUCCGGUGCAACUUGUGUAUGAAUUCUUCCAGUCAGGAUGUAAGGAGCUGAAGUACAGUGUUAUAAAGGAGUUUCAGUGAAGGCUGGAGCAGUAUUAGCAUUAGCUGCUAACCGCAGCGCUAGAUCUCACACUGUUCAGAGAUAAGUAUAUCAGACUAGCCUGCGUGUUUACCAUGCUAAUAACAAGCUAUGUGGAAUGAACCACUAGCUUAUAAGAAUCCCUAAGUUCAACAGAUGUUCACUGAUAGUGCGACUUAUAAUAUGGUGCAUCUUAUAGUCUGAAAAAUACGGUAACCAAGCACCUGGUUUCUAGAGUUCAUAGUUAACGACGAGUAAACUGUGUUUAUUAGGACAAAGGGCAGCUUUGUAAUCCUUUUUUUUUUUUUGCAAGCUGUUUUAGCCGAAACCACCAGCGAUACCAUACCUCAGUACUUACUAGUAAAAAAUAGCAUUCAAGAUCUAAUUUCAGAUAUCCUUGUAGUGCAAAAACCUUGUAUCUCAAACCUUGUAUUGUUUUGCCUCUUUUUUGUUACUUUUUUGACGAAGCAAAGUUAAUGGACCAACAAAAACUCUACAAACUGCCUUAAAAUAUUUUUAUAAGUAUUUUUUUUAUUUUAUUCUCCUGGAAAAUUGCUGUGUUGGAGAUAAUAUCAGAUCUACAACUAUACAGAUCUACACUAGAUGUAUAACCAUAGCCAUUUUGUCAAGUCAUGUUACCAGGAUAAUUUGACUUGUCAUUUGUUACCUUUAAUUUACAUUGAACAUAAUUCGCUCUUAUCUAUCAUAAUUCAUUUUUGACUAGUAAAAAAUAUUCAAUUACAGAUAUCACACAAUAUUAUAUACUAGUAAAAUUUGUAAAUGUAGAUAUUUCCUCUGUAAUUGUUACAAAUAUAACAGCUCCAGGUCCACAUAUCCAAACAUUCACUCUGCCUACUGUAAAUUCUAUUCCUAAAUAUCUCUAAAUAUAAUUAAGUUUUGACCAGUUGUUUAUUCAGAUUUUAAUUUGGUGUGGGUUCAGUGUAGAGUUGUCAAAAUUUGUGCAUUAUCGAAUGCAGUUAACCUGGAAAGUUUUUUUUUAUAUAAAUUAAUUGGUGACACAUUAGCAGUUUCAUUAAGUGAAAUAACACAGUAGCGCUUACUGUUGAGUUCAUAAGGUAGAUUACAUUUUAUUUAUGCUGAAGCUUACUAUUGAAGUUUUAUUCACAUUUGAAGACCCAUUCUCAAAAGCUAAGCUUUGGAAAGCGUGAUUAAUUGUGAUUCUCCACUUGUUAUAAUAGAUAAAAUAAUAGAGAGUAAUUUUUUUGUAAUUCAAUGAUAAUGUGUCAUCCUGACAUAUAGUAUAAAUGUCUUUAACAAUCUGUAGACCUAAUAUUAUUGCUAGAAAUUAUGUCAUAGCUGAUAUCUGAAAUGAGAGCUUCAACUAGAAAAAAAAAGUUACAGAGAUCUGUUAUAAAUGUGUUAUGCUAUUUUACUGGUUUUAUUUUAAGCUAGAUAUUUCUGUUAUUAUUAUUUGAGCUGCUAGUUAAAAUUGAGUUACUGCAUUGCUGUAUCAUUGCUGGUGGCACUUCAGGCUGAAACGGUUUGCAGUUUUAUUCCUGGAUAAACACAACUUUUCUGGCCAAAACUUGAAGCCAGUUUGUUUUUGGGGAGGCUUUUUAAUAAAUUGGGAGAGACUGUUUUUUCCUGCUUGUUUUUUACUGAGGCACGUUUGAAUUACUUGUGUGAUAUUACCUUGGUUUGCGAGCACAUUCUUACUAUUGAACUCUAUUUUAACUUAUAUAUUUAAUCUAUUUUAUUUACUACAUUUAGGAUUUCUAGGUUUGUAGCUGAUUUCAAUGGUUCAUAAUAAAGCAUUAUUUAAUGAAUUCA